AUGAUGGAAACUAAGAAUGACAAUGACAUUGCCAUUGUGGGGAUUGGAUGCAAUUUUCCUGGAGGUGAAGGAAUCGAUAAUUUCUGGCGAGUUCUAGUGGAAGGCAGAAACUGUGUUGUAGAAAUACCUCCGGAAAGAUUUGACAUCAAACACUGGUAUGAUUCAGAUAAUCGCAAACCAGGAAAGACGAGCACAAGACAUGCCGCUCUUACUGAAGAGUUUAACACAUUUGACAACAGGUUUUUUGGAAUUAAUGAUGUGGAAGCUGAGCAUAUGGAUCCCCAGCAGAAAUUACUCCUGGAAUGCUCCUAUAGAGCACUAGAAGAUGCAGGAGUCACUAGAGAAAAUAUUAGUGGUUCCAAAACAGGAGUUUUUGUGGGUAUGAUGAAUCAAGACUACAGGCUAUUAAGGUGCAGCAGCCUCACUGAAAUAAGCCACUAUGACGGUACUGGGACAGCGAUGAGCAUAGCUGCUAACCGGAUUUCAUAUACAUUUAAUCUAACUGGGCUUUCAAUUGCCAUCGACACAGCUUGCUCCUCAUUUCAUUAUGCUUUGCACUUUGCCUUGCAUGCAAUUAAGCAAGGAGACUGCAAAGCUGCUGUUUGUGGAGGAGUGAACUGCAUCAUAGAACCCCAGGUUUUCGUAUCUCUCAGUAAAGCAAAAAUGAUCUCUCCUGAAGGAGUCAGCAAACCCUUUUCUAGCAAGGCAGAUGGCUAUGGAAGAGGAGAAGGCUGUGGUGUUCUUUUGCUGAAACCAUUAAAGAAGGCACAAGAAGAAUUCAGCAAAAUAUGGGGUGUCAUCAGCAUCAGUGCAGUCAACCAGAAUGGAAGAUCAGUUACUCCAAUCACCAGACCAUCUCAACAGGAACAGGAAAAAUUGCUGCUCAGCAUUUACCCAGCUCAUGUUGAUCCAUCCAUUGUGCAGUAUAUUGAAGCACAUGGUACAGGCACCCCUAUAGGAGAUCCUGUUGAGGCGGAGAGCCUAGGCAAUGUCAUUGCUAAAAACAGGUCUCCUAGUCUGCCCCCUCUCAAGAUAGGCUCAGUUAAAGGGAACACUGGGCACACAGAGUCAGCUGCUGGGGCAGCCGCAUUAAUCAAAGUUCUUCUCAUGAUGCACCAUGGAAAGAUAGUUCCCUUCCUGCACUUUUCAGAGAGCACCAGCAGCAUAAAUACAGAGAUACUGAAUCUCUCCAUCCCAACAACAGUGGAAGAGUGGGAGGAGUCUAGUGAAUUUGGCAGAGUAGCUGGGAUCAACUGUUUUGGAUUUGGAGGGACAAAUACCCAUGUGGUUGUCAGACAGGUUAAACAAACCCAGGUUGUUUCUCCAAUCAAAAGGCUUGUUGAAUUGUUUGUGAUCUCUGCAGCUUCAGGAAAUUCAGUGACAAUGGAAGACACAGCUAGACACAUCAGCACAUGUAACUCAGCAGCACUCCCAAAUCUGGCCUACACCUCUGCUUGUAGAAGAAGCCACAUAAACCACAAACACAGAAAAGCAUUUGUGGUAUCUUCUCUCCAUCAGUUAGAGCAGCAGCUACUUUCUGCAGCUGAAAAGGAAACCAUUCCAUCAAAGAAGCCUCCACAAUUAAUUUUUGUGUUCCCUGGAAGUGGUCUGAAGUUGAAAGGAAUAUUUGAAACCUUGCUAAGAUCAGAGUCAGUGUUUAGAGAGAAAUGUAAAGAAAUAGAAGGACUAUUUCAGAAAUACUCCAACACGUGCAUUCUGGGAUUAACAGAAAAUGACCGUGAGGAUUUGUCCAGGCCUGAGGUGGCCCAAUCCUUACUCUUCACACUGCAGGUGGCCCUGGUUACACUCCUGCAACACUGGGGGAUUAAGCCAAUUGCUGCUGUGGGCCACUCAGUUGGUGAACUAGCUGCCGCCCAUUGUGCUGGCUUGAUUUCCCUGGAUGAUGCUGUCAAAGUCAUCUACCACAGGAGCAGGCUGCAGGCUCAGGUCACUGGAGGCACAAUGCUGGUGGUUGGCAACAUCCCUGUUCAAGAGGUGUCAGCAGCCCUUGGAGCACAUUCAGGGAAAGUGUGCAUUGCGGCAUUCAACAGUCCUCAAUCUUGUACGUUAUCAGGAGAUGAAGCUUCUAUCAAUGCCAUUCAGAAAGAUCUAGGUGAACACUUCAGCAAAAUAAAUAUAUUUCUUCAUGCUUUAAAUGUGCCAGCUGCAUAUCACAGUCACAUGAUGGAUCCAGUACUAACAGUGAUGGCAGAAAGUCUGUCGGAAUUAAAUAAAGGGAAGCCAGAAAUUGACCUAAUCUCUACAGCAACAGGGAAGGCUGUUUCAGAUGGUGAUUUUGUUACAGGCAGGUACUGGGCCAGGCAGGCUCGAGAUCCUGUUUGUUUUGCCGAGGCCAUAAUGGCUUUAGCAAAAGGCAGGGCAAAUGCUGUGUUUGUAGAAAUUGGUUCCCAGAGAGCAUUGCAAAGAUGUAUAAUAGAAACGUUAGGGACACAAACUAAAGUUUUUCCUUCCUUGCACAUCAACAAAGAGUAUGAAACUUUGCUCACACUUGUUAAAGGGCUUUUCGAAUUGGGAUUCAAUCCAGAUUGGGAGCACCUCUAUGAGGGGUAUCAGGGUGCACCAGCAACCUACCCCAGGUAUCAGUUUGAUCACAGGAAGCUCAUGUCAUUUAUAAACAUGCUCCAACAGUCAACUUAAACAGCAGCAAACACAAGCCAUGGGUUAAUUCACAAUCUUGGCAAUGACAGUUCAGAAUUCACAUGUUCCAUAUCUCAGCCAGUUACACCAUAUUUGUAUGAGCACAAACAUAAUGGUGUUGCUUUAGUACCUGGUGCCUUUUUUGUUGAACUUGCUUUGUCAGCUGUGAUGACUAGGUCAGGACCAAAAGAGUCCUUAAGUUUGUGUCAGAUGAGCAUGAAGUUUGAAUCGCCUUGUGUUUUAAGUGAAAGUUCUCAUGAUUUGAAGGUAAAAGUCGAAUUGCAAAAUGAAGUGAGAGAUUUCAAAAUCUCCUCAUCAGGUGCAGUUCAUGCAUCAGGACGAAUCACACGGAACCUGGAAACUUCACUUGAAGAAAACAGCAUUUCAUAUAAAGAUGUUUUUCACCGGUGUAAAUCUUUUGUCAGCAAAGAUGAAGUAUAUAAAACAUUGGUUUAGUUUGGAUUCCAGUAUGGUUCAAUAUUCCAGCAGCUAAGUGAGUAUUGUGAAGAACUGAAGGAAGCCAUAACCAUUAAGGUGAACAAGGAAAUCAAGGAAGAAAUGCACAAGCAUUUUAUUCAUCCGGUGCUCUUAGACUGUUUUCUGCAAAUGACAGGUAUGAUGACCACAAAGAACACUGAUAAUUGUAUAGGGUUUCCUUCCAGCAUAAACAGCCUUGUAAUUAUCCGACCUUUGGAAGAGGAAAUGAUGAUAUAUUUGAAAAUAAGCAAAUCUACUGAGAAGUACUUAGAGUGUUGUGGAUGCUUCACAGAUAAACAAGGGUCUGUUUUGGCCGAAAUGAAACGUGUUGUGAUCACUCUUAUGAUGAGAACUUCCAAGAGUGACUAUAAUUUCCUGUUUCAAAAUCAGUGGAAGGAGGUAACUCUUUCCCAGAUGAUCCAGACUUCAGGAGAUGCACCUAGAGUUGCAGUGUUUGCUGACAAAAUUGGAAUUUCUCAACAGCUUAAAAAAUAUUUACAUAAAGAUUCCAGUUUUUUGAUAUAUGAAGAUUGGGAGAAACUACUAGCGUUUGGAAGCCCAGAAUCAGCUGCUCAGGACAAAGUAAAGCUAGAGGUUCAGGACUAUAAUGAUGUUUCGUUUAAGUGGGGAAUUCAAAGAUUAAAUGAAGGAAAUCCUGACAGUGUCGUUGCAAGUUUGUCUAAGUGCUGUGAAGCUUUCCGGCACCUUGUUGUUGCAUUGAGAAAGAAGGAAAGCCAUUGUUCCAUCAAGAUAAUUACUUACAGGACAACAGGCAGAAACAUGAACCACAAUAACCCAGGCUUUGCUUUGUAUGGAAUGGUACGGACCUGCAUUGUUGAAGGUUCUGAAAUCACAUUUCAGUUAAUUGAUAUCAGCUCAACAAACACAAUGGAUGUCUCAGCCCUAGCAGAUGUUAUAGUAGAAUAUGAAGCAGAGAAAUAUCCUGAAGUCUGGAUUAAUCAGGGAAGAAUUUACACUUCUGAAAUCAGACACACCCAAACUAAUGAUGUGCCCUAUAAUCAUCCUUCCCAGUCUCUUCACAACUCUGAGCUAUUAACUCUUUACACUUCUGAGCCUAAUGAAGUAAGAAACCUAUUUGCUGAGCCAGCUGACCACGUUGGUAUUCCUCUUGAUGAUCACAGUGUUGAAGUGCAAAUUGAAAAAAUAAGUAUCCAUUCUGAAGAUUAUUAUCCUGUUAGUGUUUCCAGCUGUAACUUUGGAAACACAUUAUACUGGAAUUCACAGACCAUUGAUAAAUACAAGCUCUUGGCUCUGGACUGCAGUGGGACGGUAAUUGCAACAGGCGGUGAUGUAAAAAAUGUCAAAGUGGGUGAUCAUAUUGUUUCAUGCUACCCAGUGCCUGCAUCUUCAAGAAUCAGGAUUCCAGAAGCAGUGUGUUUCAGAACUCAGAAAUUUCCAUGUUUUGAAAUGAUAGCCUCUGUCUCAUUCUUCAGGAUAGCAUGGGAAAUUCUGCAUCAGAUGUUACCAAAGAUGAAGCGGAAUGGAUCUUUAGGCAUUAUUUCUACUGAACCAGAGUCUGUCUUGUGCAAAGUGCUUAGUUUGGCAGCUCAGGAAGCAGGCUGGAAAACCUUAUGUACAAUGUUUAACAGCAGCCUGGAGCAAACAGUAGCUGAAUGUAAUGCCCUUGUUUUUCUGCCUCUUCUGGAAAGAUUACCCAAAGAUGUUUUAGCUCGUCUUUCACAUCUUCAGGAUGUAGUGCUAAUAUGUAGCAACCACUGUUCUGACCAUCUGCAAUCUUUCAUUGGAACUGGUCAUGAAAACUUUCAAAUUCAUGUUCUCAGUCUUGCCACCAUUUUUCAAAAAUCACAUCUGAAACAUUCCCAUAAGCCUUUCUUCAGCUGGAUGAAAUCGAUGCAACUCAAGCAAUUUAAGAACUUAACUUCAGUUUUUCAGCAGGCAGAGAAUAGUGAGAGUGCAGACACUUCAAUGUUAUCCAAAUUUACCUGUAAAUCAGUCCCAUGUACUGUGCUUAAAGGUGAUGUCCGCAACCGCUGUAUUUCUGACAUACCAGUGCAUGAAGCAAAGGGGAAAAUGUUUAAGCAGAAUGCUGUCUACAUAGUAGCAGGGGGACUCACUGGGCUUGGCUAUGAAACUGUUAAAUUUAUUGCUCAAAAUGGAGGAGGAUGUAUUGUGAUCCUUUCACGAAGAAACCCCAGCACAGAAAAGCAGAAAUAAAUAAGUAAUUUGCAAAAUCAGAAUGAAUGGAGCAAGAUUGUCAGUCUGCAGUGCAAUAUAAUUUUUAGGCCCGAUGUCGAGAGAGCUAUCGGUUCAAUCAGCAAAAUCUUUCCAAAAUGCCCAAUGAAAGGUAUUUUCCACAGUGCUGUGGUUUUACAUGAUUUGUCCAUUGAAGCCUUGACCCUCUCUACCUUUGAAGAAGUUUUAAGACCCAAGGUUGCUGGAGCCAUCAGUCUGCACCUUGCUACUAAAGGACAGGAUCUUGACUAUUUUGUAGACUAUUUUGUGUGUUAUUCAUCUGUUGCUUCCUUUCUUGGAAAUGCAUUGCAAGCAAACUAUGCUGCUGCCAAUUCCUUCCUGGACCUCUUCUGCCAUUACAGGAGGAACUGCGGAUUGCCAGGACAAUCUAUCAGCUGGGGUGCCUUGAAUCUUGGACUACUGCAAAAUCAACUUCAACUUCAACAUCUUUUGGAAACAAAGGGUAUAUCUACACUGCAAGUGAAUGAUAUUUAUGAGUUCCUUAAAACAAGCUUAAUUCUGAACAACCCUCAGCAAGCUGUGAUAAAGCUGAACAAGUCUUUGCUCACUCAUUACUAUGCUCAAAUUCCAGCUAUCAGAAGUCGCAUGCAUACUAUUAUGACAGAAGUACUUGGCAGUCAUAUUGAGGUUUUAGAACAAUCUGUGUCCCACGAUUCGACUCCACUAAAAUCUGAAGACUACAUCAUAUCACUGGUGAGCCAGCUUAGUGGUACAGACCCAAGUGACAUUGCCGUGAAUACACCCCUUUUGUCUGUUGGCAUAGAUUCUAUGCUGGCUAUGACUCUACAUAAUCACAUUUAUCAGGAACAAAAGGUUGAUAUACCACUUGUGAAAUUUCUUGAUCCGCACACCACAGUGCUUGGUCUAGCACUGCUUUUGGAAGAAAGCUCUAAGGAACUUGGGAAACCUGUGAGUGAUUGA